AUGUUCUUCACCAUAAUAAAAGGUUCUUAUACCAAGGCUUUGUUGGUCAUUGAUAUAGAGGGUUGUUUACAUUAUGCUUCGUUAGGUAAUCAUGAUACUAUGCUAAAGAGUGAAAUGUAUCAGUAUUUCAGGAAAUUGAAAAUUCCCAUAGAUUCUGUUCCAGAUCCUGUUCCUCCAAAGGUCGAAACUACCAUCCGGUGUUAUGAUCAAGUAUUAGAAAGUCCUCUUAUUCCUGUAGAUAUCAAAGUCAAAUUAAGAGGUACUCCGUUACAAUUAAAGGUCUGGAAACAAUUGAUGAGAACAUCAAAUACUCUCUCGUAUAAGGAAUUGGCCAACCAAGUAGGUUCGAACGGUAUCAGAGCCGUAGCCAGUGCUGUAGGAGCCAAUAAAAUUGCCAUUAUAGUACCUUGCCAUAGAGUACUAAAUUCCAAAGGAAAGAAUACUGGUUACCGGUGGGGAAUGCCCAUUAAAGAUAAACUUCUACAAUUAGAACGAGUUCUGGUCUAA